AUGAUUAGUGCUGAUAAAGAUUAUGAUCAAACAAUUUUUGAAAUGUUAAAUAUCACCGAGCCAAGAAAAGAAGCAUAUUUCUCAAUUACCAGUAAACAAAAUAAUGUAUUAUAUGACACUGAAACAAAACCAGACCUUGACAAUAUCAAGGGUGGCAAUCUUAUAAUACCUCAAUCAUUAGAAGAACUCAAGAAACGUCCCGAAAAGCUUUUGUAUUUUGGCAGUUUAUUUGGCUCACAUAGAGUUAUGCUUCGUUUGACACCAUCAAGAGAGUUUUUUAAAGAAUUAAAGCAAUCACUUGUACCAAUCAAUCCAUCAAUGUUAAGUGUGGUGUCUUCUAUAGUUGAAAAAUUGGGUGGUGCUGGCAAAUAUAUUUCAGUUCAUGCCAGAGGUGGUGAUAGCGAUUUUAGGAGAGGAAGAGAAAUAAAUUUUGCCAAUUUAAUAGAAAAUAUCAACAAAGAAUUUCCAGAAGUCUCAAGAUACUCGUCAUCUUUGGAAGAAUGUCCGCUUAAUUUUACUGAACCUAGGGACGAGAAAAAUAGAAUAUUAUAUGUGGCCAGUGAUCUUGAUAGAAACCAUGAAUCAAUGAAAGUAUUCCUUUGUUUGUUAGGUGGUAUAAAAGCAAAACACAAAUAUCCAAUUCUUGAUAAACCAACAAACGAUCUUACACAACAACAACCACAAAAAAAUCAGUGUACUACAACAGCUCUAAAACAUAUUGAUUUAAAAGGUGGUUUGGAUAGAUAUUUGUUGACAAUGAAGGAUGACAAGUUAGAAAAGGCUGCAGAAUUAGAUGUGAGAUUAUUGGAUAGUGGUAACAAUUAG